AUGCCUCAGUCAGACUAUUGGCCAUUUCAUAAGGAUAAGUCGGAAGGCCAACUUGAUGGAGAGUCUUUAUUACAAAAGCAGUUGGGGGCAAUGGAAGGUGAGGUCAAGGAAAUCCAAAUGGAACUGGCAGCGAUUAAACGGGAUCGAUUAGAUUUGCAUAAUCAAAAACGUCCGUCUAUCUAUGGAGAAUCACAAGACGUACCCGACGACACAGUCUAUAUUACUAAGAUUCAUGAAGAUGAAUUUGGCAAGUUCCCCGAGACUGCUAAAUUACGCGAAGAGUUGAUUCGAGCGAAAAAUGUUGCUGACGAGGAAAGGUUCCAGAGACAGAAAUACGAAAUGAAACUCAAAGAUUUAGAACUAAAACUUAACAGUAUAUGUACUACUGCGCUAACGUCUGGAAAAAAGGAAUCUCAGAAAAUUACCGACGACGAAAUAUCAUCCCUUAAAGUACAAGUCCGGGACGCGAAAGAAGAACUAGAGGAAAUGAGAAUAACUGUUCGUGAAAAGAAUGAACAAGUGGAGGAAUACCGGUUGAAGUAUCUUCAAGCUCAACAACAAGUUGAAGAAUUGAGAAGACAGCUAGACUUAUGCGAAUUCGAUAAUCAGCAGGUCUCAGAUCAGAUUCAAAUAGAGAUACAAAAAAUGAAGAUGCAAUUCCAAGAAAAGUUGCAAGAACUGGCCCCAUUGCCUGACCUGCUAAAAGGAGCCCAAAUCCAACUACAAGAGGCAAAACAAAUGCAAAAAUUAGCAGAGGAUAGUUCACAACAAUUGUCGGGUGAAUUAAACCGAGUAAAAGAAAAGUUAGUUCUAGCUAUAAAUAAUUUAAAUCAAGAGAAAGCCGAUAAAUUCAAAAUUUUAGAAGACAAUGCAGCUCUUAAAAUAACUCUUGAUAAGAAACAUAAGGAAAUAGAUGGUCUGUCACGGCAUAUAGAUGAGCUAAAGUGCAAUGUAUUGAGGCUUGAAGAAAAAUUAAUACAGGAAGAAAAAAGACUCGAAGAAAAGGCAGAAGAAUACAAAAAAAUACAGAAAGAACUAGAAGAAGUAAAAACAGAAAACAGCAGAGCUCUUACGCGAUGCAAAGAACGUUCUGAAUCAAUGCGUCGUUACAUGCAGACUCAAAUAUCUGAAUUGGAGCGACAGUUGGUACAGAGUCGAGCUCAGUCUAGAGCGUGCCACAAGGAACGAGAUGAGAUUCGGCAGCGAAUGCAGAUACAAAUAAAUAAUCUGCAGGAAAAUUUUGAACUGGUCGAAAUAAGAUUCCGCGCCCUACAGUCGCAAGUAGCGUCGUUGAAAAACAGUUACUCCGUUAUACUCGCUGAUGAAGAUGAUUGCUGUGACGUCAACAAGAUUACUACCUGA